GUUCUUGUAACAAGGUUUAUAUAUUGUAUCCCCCCUCCCCUGCUCUCAAAAUAAAUAAAAGAUUUUUUUUUUUUUAUUGACCUGACUAAGAGUAAAUUUUAGAAUUUAAAAGGCCCAUGCGGGUACGUAAAGAAAAUUAGAAUUGCACUAGGACAACAUCAACUCUACGUAAGAAUAAGUAUGUGGAUGUGUAUAAAUUGAGGGUGCGACGGGUAUAAAAUGAGGGUACGCCACCAACAACCCUAGACGCAUUAUCCUUCCGCCGCUGUGGACAAGUAUAUGUAUAAAAUACAAAACAUUGAGGGUUUAUCUUUGAUUCGGAAAUUUAGGGCUUCGAUAUUUUGGUUAAUGGACUCUGAAGGGAUUGGACUGAAGCGAAGAGGGGCAAAACGGAAAAGAAAGGAUGUCCUGAGUGUUGAGACAGAUGGAGAUGUGAAGAGGCGGUCUAUUGAGACUAGUUUUAAAGCAUUGCUGGGGUCAUAUGUGAGUAAAGAUGUUGAGGGAACUGACAUCAUUCUCGGAAGGGUCGUGGAGUGUGCCAAGGGAGAGUAUAGAGUUAUCUAUCUUGAUGGUAGUUGCGAAUAUAUGGGGCAUCGGAAGGUGAGACGGACACUAAUCAGGGAUAAUGCCUUUGAUAAAAAAUUGGAUGCUAUGAGAAAUGAAUUGGAUAAAUUGAUCUUGAAUAAAUGUGCAAAUGAGAACACCACAAAGUUGGGAAAUGCUGUUGCUGGGGCUAAAUCUCUGUCACAAAGUGUGUCAAGUAACUGUGGCACCUGUACUAAAGCUUGCAAAUGUGCUCACAAAGUGUCUUCAGUUGUCCCACCACCACCAGUAUUGCCUCCUUCUACAGGGAAUAUAGGAGUUCCUGAGGAAUGUGCUGCAGAUCUACUCUGUGUAUAUACUUUCUUACGUUCUUUUAGUAUCCCGCUGUGUUUGUCACCCUUUGGACUAAACGACUUUGUGGGAUCACUCAUCUGUUCAGUCCAAAACACACUGUUAGAUUCCAUUCAUGUUGCUCUUAUGCAUUGCUUGCAGCGUCAUUUUGAAGCCCUCAAAUCGGAUGGUUCUGAGCUUGCAUUAAAAUACCUAAGGUCAAUGGACUGGAGCAUGAUUGAUUUAUUGACUUGGCCAAUUUCCAUAGUCCAGUACCUAAUGAUUUCAAAAUGUUCAGAGGGGAAGAGGUGGAAAGAAUUUUAUUUUAAUGCUCUGCGGAAGGAAUAUUAUGCUUUGUCUGUGUGUAGUAAAUUGAUGGCUUUACGGAAAUUGUGUGAUGAUGCUCUAGAUUCUGCAGAGAUUAGAGCAGAAAUUGACAUGCAUAACGCAUUAAAAGUGAUCACCAAUAAGGAGGUUGUAGAUGCUUCUAAAGGUAGACCAAGAAGAAACCAUCAUAGAUCACCAAAAACUUCUGUUUGCUAUGACCAAGAAGACAUUAUUGACGAUGACGAACGCAAGACACAGUCGUCAACUAAUUCCAACUCUUCAGACUAUGAAAGCACCGGUGCUGAUCAUGAUGGAAAUGACUAUGAAUGUCGCUUGUGUGGCAUGGAUGGGAAAUUGCUCUGCUGUGAUGGGUGUCCAUUAGUGUAUCAUUCAUGGUGUGUAGGUGUGAGUAAACGGUCUAUGCCGGAAGGAGAAUGGUAUUGUCCAGAGUGUACUACUAAAAGGAUCGAUCCAAGAAUUUCAAAGGAAAUGUGCCAGAGAGGAGCAGAGUGUUUUGGUGUUGAUCCAUAUGAGCAGGUCUUUUUGGGGACGUGCAAUCAUUUACUUGUGAUUAAAAUUUUGUCGGAUACAGAUAUAUGCAUCAGAUACUACCAUCAAAAUGACAUCCAAAGAGUCUUGCACACGCUUCAUUCUUCAGUGCAGCAUAAUACUAUGUAUGCAGGGUUGUGCGAGGCAAUUCAACAGUACUGGAAAAUUUCGAUGGAUGAUCAGUCAAUUAUUGAAACACCUACAAAGUCAGAAAGUAAAAUGGAAGAUGGUGAGUGUCUUGCUCCAUCAUAUGUUUUUUUGGGUAAGAAGAGCUUUGAUGUCUCUCAACUACCUGAGAAUGAGAAGGUUGCCUGUUCCAUUACUGAUUUUGACUCCGUAAACAUGGCAGACUCGCUGGAAAAGAGCAAGGGUACGAAAGAACAGGCCUUUGGGUUGACAAGCCAGCAGGUUGAUCCAUGUUACUUAGCCCAUCUAAACUUAGGUGAAAACUUGAAACUAAUACAAUAUGCUUCUUGUACCUCCAAGAACAUCAGCUCUAGUGACACAAUUGAUAUUCCGAAGUACACCGGGACUCCGUUAAAGGAUCAGCCAUAUAUAAAUCAUUACACUCGUGGUGAUUAUGCUGCAUCAGCUGCAUCUGCCUUUGUCCAACUCAAGGAUUUGUCUGCUGAAUAUAAAUCUUCUGAAUUACAUUUUAAAAUUUCACUGCAAGAAAAAGCAUUUUCAUCAGCCACCAUCUGGUAUUUUUGGCCGGAUCCUGAAAAUAAGCUUGUGGAAGGCCCAAGGGAAAAAUGUGGUUGGUGCCUUAAUUGCAAGGCCGAUCUGAGCAAGAGAGGUUGCUUGUUGAAUGCAGCUGCAUCAAAUGCCAUCAGAGCGACAAUGAAGAAGAAUUCAGCUAUAUGUCUUACGAAGGACAGAGAGAGGAGUCUCUAUGGCAUUGUGACAUAUAUGUUAAACUUAGAGGAGAGUUUGCAUAGCCUAACAUUUGGGCCCUUUCGAAGUCCAAUAUAUAGAAAAAUGUGGCGUAAACAAGUUGAGCAGGCUUUGACUAGCAGCCAGAUAAAGAGUCUAUUGCUUCAGCUUGAGAAAAACAUAUGUCUUAUUGCUUUUAAGAGGGAGUGGAUUAAGCUUGUUGAUGAAUGCUCAGUUGAAUCUGCUGUCAGUCAGAAUACUGCAAAUGUUGUUGGAUCAAGUCAUAAACGUGGCCCUGGUGGAAGGCGUGGUAGGAAACAAGGAAAUAUACCUGUAGUCACCACUGACAAUGAUCAGGAUAGAUCAAAGCACUUCAUUUGGUGGCGAGGAGGUAUUGUGUCAAAGCUUGUAUUUCACAGAGGAAUGCUACCGUGUUCUAUGGCCAAAAAAUCAGCUCGACAAGGCCAGUCUCGUAAAAUUCCAAGUGUCUCUUAUGUCGAAGGUGUUGAGAUCCCUAAAAGGACCCAGCGAUUUGUUUGGAGAGCUGCUGUUGAAAUGAGUAUGAAUAUUUCACAACUUGCAAUGCAGAUCAGGUACCUUGACAGUCAAGUGCGAUGGGGUGAUCUUGUUCGUCCUACAAAGGAGAACCUGGAUGGAAAAGGUUCAGACGCGCAAGCUUCCCUUUAUAGAAAUGCUUUCAUUUGUGAUAAACGCUACAUGGAAAGUCAAAGUCAGUAUGCUGUGGAUUUUAGGAGUCAAAAGCAUCUUCCUUUACGUAUAACAAAGAAUGCUGAAGAAGAAGAAAAAAAUGAAGCUGGAAAACAAAUAUAUUGGAUUCUAGAAACAAACCUCCCUUUAUAUUUAAUUAAAGAAUAUGAAGAUAACAUGGAGAAAGUGCCUUCCCAACCAGCUAAGAAGGCUGUGAAUGAAUUAUCAGAGUUGCAAAAGAGGCAGUUGAAGGAUUCCCGAAAGGAUAUCUUCUCUUUCCUCUUGCGGAGGAGAGAUAAUUUGGAAAUCUGUCGUUGUGCUUCAUGUCAUCUUGAUGUUUUAAUUGGGAAUGCUGUGAAGUGCGCCAGAUGCAAAGGUUAUUGUCAUACACAAUGUAUGGUUAGUUCAACUCCAAACAUGAACAAGGAAGUGAAGUUCCUUGAAACUUGCAAGGUUUGUUACGAUAUUGACGUUGUCGCAAUAGAAGAGAACCAUGAUGUUGCUAAUACCAGCUGCUUGCAAGUUAAAGUAACUCAGAAUGCAUUAACUGUAACCAACAAUACUCCCACCAGCUCACAAACAGAAAAUCCUCAGAAUACACCAACAGUCUGCAAAGGUGGGAAUAUAAGGGAUUCUUCUGUUAUGCAUCAAGCCCUUAAUCACUCUUUUGAGAAACCGACUAGAAAGGGCUCAAAUGCAAAAGCAGAAUCACGAAGCAGGGCAUGCUCGUGGGGUUUGGUAUGGAAGAAGAAAGGUUUUAACGGAACUGGGAUCGAUUUUAGAUUAAAGAGAAUUCUGCUAAAGGGCAAUCCGAAUCCAUCUGAUGUUAGAUGUGACCUUUGCAAGAAGGCGUAUAAUAAGGAUUUGAUGUAUAUUUCCUGUGAAACAUGCAACAAAUGGUAUCAUGCUGAUGCUCUCGAGCUUGAUGAGUCGAGAUUACUUGAGUUGACGGGAUUUAAGUGUUGCAAGUGCCGUAGGAUAAAGUCACCCGUUUGCCCUUACACUGAGCCAGUUGAAAAACCUGCAUCCCAGGGCAGAAAUCUGCGCAAAAGUGCUCCAAAGCAAGGAAGCUUAGGAGUGGAUGAUCAACGUCUAAGCAUAGAGGGUGCCACUCCUUACAGUUCUCUUUCAAGGGUUGAGGAUCCACAAGUUGAUAUGAACUCCUUACCCGGAUCGGGGAACAUAUUUGUUGGGAGGCAUUUAAUGCAGAACAAUAAUAUGGUCUGUUUGCCAGAGUACAAUUUUUCUGUUGACUUAUCCGCCAAUAUUGCAGAGAACUCCUUGCUUCUUGCAGCUGAAUCUUGCAAAGGAUUGAAUCUCUCUGGAAAUGACCUGGAUGAGGGAGUGAUGUCUGACAAUGAAGCCUUGAAUCGCGAAGACAUGGAGUUUGACCCCCGGAACUAUGUCUCUCGUGACCCACCUGUUCGUGCUGUGCAAUGUCAGAUGUGUUCCCUUGCUGAACCAGGUCCUGAUCUGUGUUGCGAGAUAUGCAGGCAGUGGAUGCACAGGCAUUGCUCUCCAGUCGAGGAAUCAUCUGGACAGUGGCCAUGGAGGUGCAUCAGUUGCCGGGAGUGGCAGUAGUUGGUGAUGUCAAUUACUGUAGGGUGUCAAAGCAUUAAAACUUAGAGCUAGUAAUUUUCGCAUGGGAAGAGCUCCCAACUAAAUGUUUCUAGAAACAGGUUUUAUCUUUUUCCUUAUUUUUCUCAGAGUGGUGACUUGGAACUGCAGUUGCACUAUACACAAGGAUAUAUGAUAUAUCCCUUAUACCAUAAUUGGUCAGCUAGGGAGUAUAAUGAUUUUAUGAGCCGGAUUUUUUUUUGGGACAGAUGAAUAAGCAUGCUUUUCUGCC